AUGCCCUUCGCACAACUCGUCAUCGGGCCACCGGGCGCCGGCAAAUCGACCUACUGCAACGGCAUGCAACAGUUCAUGGGCGCCAUCGGGCGCAAGUGCUCGGUGGUGAACCUGGACCCGGCCAACGACCCGGCGCCGAACGCGUCGUAUGAGCCCGCGCUCGACAUUCGCGACCUCAUCUCGCUCGAGACCAUCAUGCGCGACGACGACAUCGCGCUCGGCCCCAACGGCGGCGUGCUGUACGCGCUGGAGGAGCUCGAGGAGAACCUGGAGGGCUGGUUCGAGGACGGCCUCAAGAGCCUCGGCGACGACUACAUCCUCUUCGACUGCCCGGGGCAGGUCGAACUGUUCACCCACCACGGCAGUCUCAGGAGGAUCUUCGCCAGGUUGGAGAAGAUUGGGUAUCUUGUGGUCAACCUGAUUGACUCGUAUGCCCUAACUCUACCCUCGCUUUACAUCUCCACCCUCCUGCUGUCGCUACGGAGCAUGCUCCAACUCGACUUUACACACAUCAACGUCCUCACAAAGAUUGACAAUCUCAGCAAAUACCCUCCGCUGCCGUUCAACCUGGACUUCUAUACCGAGGUCCAGGAUCUGACAUACCUGCUCCCUUACCUCGAGGAAGAGUCGCCGAUGUUCAAACAAGGUGGGAAAUUCCAAGCGUUGAACGAGGCAAUUGUCCAACUCGUCGAAGAGUAUGGCUUGGUCGGCUUCGAGACGUUAGCCGUCGAGGAUAAAAAGAGCAUGAUGAGCUUAUUGCACACUAUCGACAGAGCAGGCGGGUAUGCGUUCGGAGCUGCCGAGGGCGCAAACGAUUCUGUUUGGCAGGUCGCUGUUAGGGAGGGCCUUGGCAAGAUGGAUGUGAGGGACGUCCAAGAACGGUGGAUCGAUCGCAGGGAAGAGUAUGAUGAGUUGGAGAGGAAGGAGUGGGAAGAGGAGCAAAAGCGGAGGGAAGAGGAGUGGGCCAAGAGCGGAGAGGCGAUGAUGGCCAUGGGCGAGGACGGAGAGGAUGAGGAUAUGGACUUACCACCGCUCAAAGAUAGUGGUGUAAAAGUUGUCAGGAGUGGGAAGAAGCCUUCGUGA